AUGCCAACCGGUUCUCUUUUUAAGUUGAAUAUUCCUCUUGGUUUUGGGCUUCGAAAAGGCAUUAGAUUGCAUAGUAAAAACCAGGUCCAACCAAGUAUCCGUUCAUCUUUAAAACCAGGAAAAGCCCGCAUCCCAAACUCAGAUCAAAAGUUUGGGAAUUUGAGGAAAGAUUUUCAAGUUGCAGGUGUUAUCAAGUUACAUUCUUGUAUCUCUGUGUCCAGAUUUAACAGUAGUCAGGUUUUUGGGUACACUAAAAACCCAUAUAUUCCAAAAACCAUGGCUACCUCUGGUUCUGUAACUGCUUCAGGGGAUCUCAUUGUGGAUAAUUUCAUUUCAAGUUGUGGCAAUGUGUCAAAUUUUGCCCAACCUUCUGGUCACUUUUUUGAAAGAAAUACCCGGAGCUUUCAUACAGGUAGCAUGGGCAUGAAAAAUAGAGAACCAAUCAAAAGCCAUGGAGUUCAUGGGUAUUUUAUAUUUGGUGUUACUCACAUAACAAGCAACAUUAAUACACCUGGUGGACGAUUGCAAAGAAGAUGCAACACUUCCUCUUCAACAUGUUAUUCAGAUGGUGGAGUUUCAGAUGAGGUACUGAAAGAGUCAUCACACGAUGAAACAAUUACAAGUCUUGCUAUUGAAGCCAAUGGGAAGGGCGGGCAUGCUAGAACUCUGAAACUAUUAUCUGGAUCUUCAUACCUGCCACAUCCUGAUAAAGAAGCAACUGGUGGAGAAGAUGCUCAUUUCAUUUGUGUUGAAGAGCAAGUAAUUGGUGUAGCAGAUGGAGUUGGAGGGUGGGCAGAUGUUGGAAUAAAUGCUGGAUUAUAUUCGCGUUCUCUCAUGUCUAAUUCUGUGAGAGCAAUACAGGAUGAACCCAAGGAAGCCAUUGACCCUGCUAGAGUGUUGACUAAAGCUCAUUCAGCCACAAAAGCUCAGGGUUCCUCUACAGCAUGCAUCAUAGCCCUCAGAGACGAGGGUCUUCAUGCGAUUAAUCUAGGGGAUAGUGGAUUUGUGGUGAUCAGAGAUGGAUGCACAAUCUUUCACACCCCUGUACAACAGCAUGACUUCAAUUUUACUUUUCAGCUUGCGAAUGACAAUGAAGGCGAUCAGCCAAGUUCUGGUCAAGUAUUCAAGAUUCCAGUGGCAGUGGGUGAUGUAAUUGUUGCGGGAACGGAUGGGUUGUUUGAUAAUUUAUACAACACUGAAGUAACGGCUCUUGUGGUUCAAGGGGUUAGGUCAAGGCUAAGUCCUGAAGCAAUGGCUAAAAAUAUAGCGGAUUUGGCACGUGUUAAAGCUUUAGACAGGAAACGACAGUCACCAUUUUCUACUGCAGCUCAGGAAGCUGGAUUUCGUUAUCAUGGUGGGAGCCAAGCUUAGAGAACUUAAUGAGACGUAUUGUUUAUGUUUAUCCUUCACAUUUUAUGAGGCGGGUUUAUUUUGAUACUAGGUAUCUGUUU